AUGGGUGACGACGUAGCUCAAGGAAACAACACCAACUCUGCACACGAAGACGACGACGAGGAAGAAUACACACCAGCACCAGCGCGCUCCACUCGCCACACCAAGUCUGUGACGUCUACACCACAGACGGCCUCCCGCACUCGCCGCGAGCCCAUCGUCGACGACGAAAUCCUAGAAGAUGCUUCGCCCGUCAAGCCCAAGCGCCGUACUGCAAAAACCGCUCGUACUGUGCGCAAGAGCCGUAUGUCUACAUCAGCUGCUUCAGAGGUUGAUGCCUCCACCAUGUCGACUCCUCAACAUUCAGCUCCACCAGCUGCCCAGAGACACGCUACGCCUCUUGCCGACAUUACAGAGACAGCUGUGAAUGACCAGACACCGCGUGCCCAGACGAGACCUCCACCAUCCAGCCAGGUCCAAAAGGUCGAUACCAACACAACCCUGUUGGAAAAGCCUAUGGAUAUCGUCGUGCGUACCAGGGCUGCCGCGACUAUGCCUGUUUCACAAGCUCCCGAUGAGCCUCGAUCGCGCACCGUUAUUACCCACCUCGUUCUGAAGAAUUUCAAGAGUUAUGCGGGCCGUCAGGAAGUCGGUCCCUUCCAUGCCUCAUUCUCCUCGGUUGUCGGUCCCAAUGGCUCGGGCAAAUCCAAUGUCAUUGACUCCUUACUCUUUGUAUUUGGUUUCCGCGCCAGCAAGAUGCGACAGGGCAAGAUCUCCGCUCUGAUUCACAACUCCGCUGCCUAUCCUGAUCUGGACCACUGCGAGGUCGAAGUCCACUUCCAGCAGGUCAUGGAUUUGCCAGCCGGUGGCCACGAGGUCAUUCCCGAUUCACAGCUUAUCAUCUCAAGACGCGCCUUCAAGAACAAUGCCAGCAAAUACUACAUCAAUGGCCGAGAGUCCAACUUUACCGCAGUCACUACCCUUCUGCGCGACCGUGGAGUUGAUCUUGACCACAAGCGUUUUCUGAUCUUGCAAGGCGAGGUCGAGUCGAUUGCUCAGAUGAAGCCAAAAGCUGCUACUGAGCACGAUGACGGCCUUCUGGAGUACCUCGAAGACAUCAUCGGCACCUCAAAGUACAAGACGCCCAUUGACGAAGCUGCUACAGAGACCGAAGCACUGAAUGAAGUUUGCGCCGAGAAAAACACCAGGGUACAACAUGUUGAGAAGGAAAGAAAUGCGCUCGAGGACAAGAAGGACAAAGCACUCGCUUUCAUCCGUGAUGAGAACGAGCUGGCUACAAAGCAAUCCGCUCUGUAUCAAAUAUACAUCAAUGAGUGCUCAAACAACGUUACUGUGACCGAAGAAGCCGUUCAACAACUCCAACAGCAGCUCGACGAGGAACUGGAAAAACACAAAGGCAACCAAGAAGGCAUCAAGCGACUACAAAAGCAGCAUAGUGCAACAGCCAAGGAGUACGAGCGCAUGUCAGAGAGCACACAAUCUGUUCUGAAAGAGAUGGCAAAGCUAGACAAGGAAACCGUGAAACAUGCAGAGAAGAAAAAAUUCCUCGCCAACAAGGCUAAGAAGCUUACAAAGACGGCCGAGGACAGCAAAUUUGCUAUAUCUGGCGCCACCACACAGGCUACGCAGGCCGAGGACGACAUCAACAGAAACGCACAGUCCAUAGCCGAACUGGAAGCCGAGAUGCAGCAAGAAGAAGCACGACUGACCCAGAUUCGAGAAAGCCUCAAAGGCAAAACUCAAGGUAUCUCGGACGAGAUCGCAGCCAAGCAGAAGACUCUGGAGCCCUGGCAAGCUAGGGUCAACGAAAAGCAAUCCUCAAUCUCCGUUGCACAGAGCGAGCUCGACAUUCUGCGGGAGCGAGGCAAUGCUGGAGCCAACGCCAUCCAAGAGAUCGAGUCAAAAAUCACGGCACUUUUCGAAACUCGCGAAGCUAAAGCUAUGGAGUAUAAAGAGUGUAGACGAGAAAGAAAGGAGAUAGAGCAGUCCGUGCAAGAGACGCAGGCUGAGAUCGAACAUCUCGUCUCACAAGAGCCCGCCCUACGCUCAAAACUCUCAGGAGCCAGACAGAAGGCCGACGAGGCAAGAGCAAGCUUGGCUGCUACGCAGACUCAAGGAAACGUCCUCACCGGCCUUAUGCGUCUUAAGGAGUCUGGCAGAAUUAACGGAUUCCACGGACGCCUCGGCAACCUUGGUGCUAUCGAUGCGAGAUUCGAUGUUGCAAUUUCUACCGCAUGCCCUUCGCUCGAUAAUCUGGUCGUCGACUCUGUCGAGGUCGGCCAACAAUGCAUCGAGUACCUCCGCAAAAAUGACUUGGGCCGUGCUAACUUCAUUCUUCUCGACCGCUUACCACAGCGAGAUCUUUCGGCCAUACAAACGCCAGAGAACGUGCCUCGACUCUAUGAUCUAGUCAAGCCGAAACAUGAUCGUUACCGACCUGCCUUCUACAGCGUGCUGCAAAACACACUUGUUGCCAAGGAUCUCGAGCAGGCCAAUCGUAUCGCUUAUGGUGCCAAGCGGUGGAGAGUAGUCACACUUGACGGUCAGUUGAUCGACAAGUCAGGUACCAUGAGUGGUGGUGGUACUCGAGUCGCCAAGGGUGCUAUGUCUUCCAAGGUUGUGGCCGAUGUGACUAAGGAUCAGGUCGCCAAACUUGAGGUUGACCGUGAUACACUAGAGGAGACAUUUGGACAGUUCCAGCAGAGGAUGCAGCAACUUGAAGCUCAUCUUAAGGAGUUGCAAGACCGUGUGCCACAGCUCGAGACUCAGGCCUCGAAGUUAAAAUUGGAGGUCCAGAGCUUGGAUAACAACAUCGCUGACGCUGAAAAGAGAGUUGAGGAACUUCAAGCUGAGAGCCAACCUUCAGACCUAGACAACAAACGCAUCUCUGAGCUCGAGAAGACUAUCAGGGUGCUUGAGAAAGAGACUGAGAAGCUGCAGUCAGAAACCGCUGGUAUCGAGGAGGAGAUCAAAGCGUUACAGAACAAGAUCAUGGAAGUUGGUGGCGUCCAGCUUCGUACACAGAAGGCCAAGGUCGACGGACUCAAGGAGCAGAUCGAUCAUCGCACUGAGGAAAUGUCCAAUGCUGAGAUCAACAAGGCCAAAGCUGAGAAGCAAAAGACAAAACACGAGAAGACUUUCAACGAUGCACAGUCUGAGCUGGAGAAGGUGACAGCAGAUGCGGAAAAGGUCGAAGAAGAGAUCAAGGAGCAGACUAGAAAUACUGCAGGGUUCCGUAAAGAGGCAGAAGAAGCUCAAGAGGCCCUUGACACCAAGAAAGAAGAGCUUGAAGCACUCAAGAGUGAGCUUGAUGCCCAGACAGCCAUCCUGAACGAGACUCGAGGCAUUGAGAUUGAGAUGCGGAACAAGCUCGAAGAAAACCAGAAGAUCAUGGCUGAGAACCAGAAACGCCUGCGAUACUGGCAAGAGAAGCUAAGCAAGCUCACUGUACAGAACAUCGGGGACGAUGGUGAGGAGCUCGAACCUCUACCUAUGGCGCAAUACACCAAGGAUGAGCUCGAAGACAUGUCUAAAGACGAGCUCAAGGCCUCGAUCGCGCUUCUCGAAGAGUCAACGUCACAGGCAGUUGAGCUUUCGGUUCUGGCCGAAUAUCGCCGACGUGUGUCUGAGCACACGUCACGUAUGUCUGACCUCAACGAAGCUCUGGCUAGUCGCGACUCAGCAAAGAAACGACUUGACGAUCUCAGACGCAUGCGUCUCGAAGGGUUCAUGGAGGGAUUCUCGACCAUCUCGAUGCGUCUCAAGGAGAUGUACCAAAUGAUCACCAUGGGUGGUAACGCAGAACUUGAACUCGUCGACAGUCUCGACCCCUUCAGCGAAGGCAUCCUCUUCAGUGUCAUGCCACCUAAGAAGAGUUGGAAGAACAUCAGCAACUUGUCUGGUGGAGAAAAGACACUCAGUUCAUUGGCACUGGUGUUUGCCCUGCACCACUACAAGCCAACUCCCUUGUAUGUCAUGGACGAGAUCGACGCUGCUCUCGACUUCCGCAACGUCUCGAUCGUUGCCAGUUACAUCAAGGAAAGAACCAAGAACGCUCAGUUCAUUGUCAUUUCCUUAAGAAACAACAUGUUCGAGUUGGCUGCGAGAUUGGUUGGUGUUUACAAGGUCAAUCACAUGACCAAGAGUGUCACUAUCGAGAACAAGGACUACAUCCAAGCUGCUGCAGCAUGA